AGUUGAGAACCAAGAACGGGCAUAGAUAGGAGUCGAGAGUCGAGAGUCGAGAGGCGAGGGCGACCAUCUCCUCUGUCUUAUCCAUACCAGCAAUGGCUCAAGCUCAGGUUUCGGCAUCGCUCUGCCUCUCCCUUCGAGAUGUAAGAGCCGUUCACCCAUUAAAUGCCGGUGUUCUUCCUCGGCUUCCGCUUGCCAAUAUUGCACGAACCGGCACGUCCUUCGCCCGGGGAUCUCCCCUUCUAGUUUCGAGGACUCUUAAUCAAAUUAAACCGGCAUGUAAAGCGGCAUCGAUUUCCAUAAGAUGCGAACAAGGUACAAAAGGCAGUGGUGGUUUGGAUGUAUGGCUUGGCCGAUUUGCGAUGAUUGGAUUCGCAGUGGCUAUAACAGUGGAAAUAGUAACAGGAAAGGGACUUCUGGAGAACUUUGGGCUUACUUCUCCAUUGCCCACUUUGGCCUUGGCGGUUACAGCAGUGGUUGGAAUUCUCACAGCAGUUUUUAUCAUCCAAUCCGCUUCUGAGGAUUGAGAGUUCUUGAUGUCUGUGAAUAUCUUAUGUAAAAGAGGUGGAACUUCGUGAAAAUUCUUUGUCCAUUGCUUGUGUUCUUUGUUUUUAAAAUUUUGUAUUGACGAUUAUGUGAGACCUGCAAAACUUUGAGUAUGCAACAAAUGGUUCUUAAAAAACUUUUAUAGUCUUGAAAA